AUCUUAUUAUGUCUCUACUAAUAAGAUAAUUAAAUCACUUUUUUCAUGAAUUCGUUGUUCCAAGAUGAGUCACACAACGUCCUUGUGUCUUUUGAAAGCCUACUUAUCUUGCAUCUUUGCUCCUCGACCCACGUUGUGUUGUAUUUUGGGAGGAUUCAGUGGUCAAUUACUUCACCAUUCCAUCAAGGCAAACAUCACUGCUAGUAAAUCUAUGAGACACCACAUUAUUACUUGUUGGAUGCCGGCCCGAGAGCUUACUGACCAUGGUGAUACCAUGACUCCAACUUCGAGAGUUUCUCCAAGAUCUUCAAGGCUCUAAUAUUGCUUGUUGAGUUUUGCACAACCGCUGAUCUUCUCUGAUACCAAUUGUUGGAAUUAAUUUGUUUAGAAUUCCUUUGAUACCACUUGUUGGGAGAUAAGAAUUGAAGAUAGAUAGAAAUGAGAAGGAAACACAACUACAAAUAUAUAUGUGGUUCAGUAAGGAUAAAUCGAUGUCCAAAGAUGGGUUUGUAUUCUUCAUAGGGGACGUGGUGAAUUGUGCUUCGGUUCAUGUUGGUGAGAUCCGACCAGGUGGUGUGAGGGGAAAUCACAGACAUCAUACUUGCAAUGAGACAUUAGUCAUUUGGGGAGCUAAAACCGUAUUUAGGUUGGAGAAUAAAGCGAUGGAUAGAGGUUAUGCCGAGGUAAUAGUUGGUGCAGAUGAGGUUGCUGUGGCAGCCAGCCCAAGUGGAACGGCACAUGCUUUGUCGCAGAUGCUGCAAUAGAUCGGCAGUAAGGCGCUGUGAAGCUCUGAUCGAUUUGCUAAGAUUGUGAGGCUGCUGUUGCUGUAGUAAUAGGGUUUGUUUGAAGCUCAAAUGAGCCGUCCUCAUAACCAAGACGGUGGUUGUCAAAGUGUGGACCCCAUGGUGAUUUUCCAAAGCUAAAUGUUAGUGAAAAUUGAAGGUGGGUCUCCCUAGAUGGACUUAUAAUGAUUUGAGUCUUGAAAAGAAAUUUAUUUGAGGAUAAGUUUAAACUUUGAAGAAACUUAUCCUCAAAUAACUUUCCUCAAAUAAGCUAAAUGUUAGUGAAAAUUUAAAGGCGAGUCUCCCUAGAUUGAUUUAUAAUGACUUGAGUAUG